AUGAGUCAGAGUUCGUAGUCUGAGAAACACGAACCAAUGAUUCCCAUAUGUCCAGUGGUCUCCUUCACCUAUGUGCCCAGCCGGCUAGGUGAAGAUGCUAAAAUGGCUACCGGCAACUACUUUGGAUUUACCCACGGUGCUGCCGCGCAGUACAGUCAGCAGCCGGGCGCCGUGGCCUACACCCACCCUACCACCGUGGCCAGCUACACAGUACACCAGGCACCGGUGGCUGCCCACACCGUGGCAGCAGCCUACGCUCCCACCGCUGCCACGGUUGCUGUAGCCAGGCCCGCCCCAGUUGCCGUGGCAGCCGCAGCCACCGCCGCAGCCUACGGCGGGUACCAGCCGGCGCACGCCACCGCAGACUACGGCUACGCACAACGCCAGCCGGACGUCCCACCCCCGCCUCCCCCGGUCACCUCCCAGAACUACCAGGACUCCUACUCCUACGUACGGUCUACGGCCCCGGCGGUAACCUAUGACCCUAAGCAGUACUACCAGCAGCCCGUUGCUAGCGCUGCGGUAGCCGUACAGCCCCAACCCACGGCCGAGUCCUACUACCAGACCGCCUCCCUUAACACCUCCUGGGACACCCCGUGGAAGAAAUCCCUACCAGCUUCUAAAACAGGCUACACCCAGACAAGUCUGGCCCCCUACACCCAGACCCAGCAGACCAGGCAGGUGACGGCCAUCAAGCCUGCUGUGCCCUCCACCUUCUCCAUAUACCCGGUCUCCUCCACUGUUCAGCCCGUAGCCGCCGCCUCUGUGGUCCCCUCCUACUCCCAGAGCCCCACCUACUCCACCAACGCGGUCACGUACUCUGGUAAGCACGACAUGCAAGCCGUAACCAGCAUGCACUACCUGCCAACUACCUACUCCACCAACGCAGUCACGUACUCCCAGAGCCCCACGUAUAGUACCAACCCCGUCGCCUACUCUGGCACCUCGUAUUCUGGCUACGAAGCAGCGGUGUACUCGGCUGCCUCAACCUACUACCAGCAGCAGCAGCAGAAACAGGCGGUGGCGGCUGUAGCAGCUUCAGCAGCCUGGACAGGCAGCUCCUUCACCAAGAAACCUCCCUUCCAGAGCAAGCAGCUGAAACCCAAGCAGCCCCCCAAACCACCACAGAUCCACUACUGUGACGUCUGCAAGAUCAGCUGUGCAGGACCCCAGACCUACAAGGAGCACCUGGAGGGCCAGAAGCAUAAGAAGAAGGAGGUGGCCCUGAAAGUCUCCCAGAGCAGCAGCAGCAGUAGUGGAGGAGGAGGAGGCUCAGCCCGGGGGACUCAGAACCAGCUCCGCUGUGAGCUCUGUGACAUCUCCUGCACCGGGGCAGAUGCAUACGCUGCACACAUCCGAGGAGCCAAGCACCAGAAGGUGGUGAAGCUCCACACCAAGCUGGGGAAGCCCAUCCCCUCUACAGAACCCAAUGUCGUGACCCAGACCCCUACGUCAACCACGGCCUCCUCCUCCUCCAAGACCCCUGCUUCCUCUUCUUCCACCCUCACAGGCUCCACGUCUAACUCUUCCUACCUGAAACCGGUCAACGUUGUCAGCCAGGGUGGGGUUGGGAUUGGCAAGGGUCCAGCCACAAACAGCUUAUCAGCAGCCAAUGCCACCAUAGCCGUCAAGAAGGUCAACACCCCCAAGAUCAACUUUGUUGGAGGAAACAAGCUCCAGACUACCGGGAAAGUGACAGAGGAAGCCAAAGUGGAGGCAUCCAAACCUCCUCUGCCCUCAUUGGUCCCCCAGGUUCAGGAGUCCAAGAACGAGUCCUCUGAUUCCCUGUCUGCGUCCACCCUGGCUGCCCUGCAGAGUGAUGUGCAGCCUGUUGGACAUGACUAUGUGGAAGAGGUGCGUAACGAUGAAGGCAAGGUGAUCCGUUUCCACUGUAAGCUGUGUGAAUGCAGCUUCAACGAUCCCAACGCCAAAGAGAUGCAUCUGAAGGGCAGGAGACACCGCCUGCAGUACAAGAAAAAGGUGAACCCGGAGUUGCAGGUGGAGGUGAAGCCCUCUAUCAGAGCCAGGAAGAUCCAGGAAGAGAAGAUGAGGAAGCAGAUGCAGAAGGAGGAGUACUGGAGGAGGAGAGAGGAAGAGGAGAGAUGGCGGAUGGAGAUGAGACGUUAUGAGGAGGACAUGUACUGGCGUUGUAUGGAGGAGCAGCACCACUGGGACGACAGACGUGGGGGCCCCAGGAUGCCAGGGGACGGACCAUACCUCCAGGGGCCUCCUGGCCCACCUGGACUACUGGGGGUUCGGCCUGGCAUGCCCAUCUCUCAACCACAAGGACCUGUGCCUCCCCGUCGCCCGGACUCGUCAGACGAUCGCUACGUGAUGACGAAGCACACGGCCAUCUACCCUUCUGAGGAGGAGCUGCAGGCCGUCCAGAAGAUCGUCUCCAUCACAGAGAGAGCCCUCAAACUGGUCUCGGACAUCACAGAUCAGGAGAAGACUAAGGAGACGACUGGGGAGGAGAAAGAGAAGGAGGUCCCAAAGACUGCCCAAGACAGAGCUCUGAAGGGGGUGAUGCGGGUAGGGGUGUUGGCUAAAGGCCUGCUGCUCCGCGGAGACAAGAACGUCAACCUGGUCCUGCUCUGUUCAGAGAAGCCCACCAAGACCCUGCUGAGCUGCAUAGUGGAACACCUGCCCAAACAGCUGGUGCUGGUGACCCCAGAGAAGUACGAGGUGAAGGGUUCCAUCGAAGACUGUUCCAUCAUCCUGACGUCAGAAGCCGACCCCAAAAUGACAGUCACCGUCACCCUGACCUCCCCAAGCAUCCGAGAGGAGGAGACCCCUGCCACACCCCCGCCACGGGACGGAGAUGUAACCUUGGUGAAAGACCCAGAGGACGUCUUGGACAGGCUAAAAUGCCUUGCCGCUCUGGCGGCUCUGCGGCACGCUAAGUGGUUCCAGGCUAGGGCCAACGGACUCCAGUCCUGCGUGAUUGUUAUUCGAAUCCUGCGUGACCUCUGUCAGAGGGUCCCCACGUGGUCCUCCUUCCCCAGCUGGGCCAUGGAGCUGUUGGUAGAGAAGACCAUUAGCAGUGCCUCUGGCCCCCUGAGCCCAGGCGACGCACUGAGACGAGUCUUUGAAUGUAUUUCCUCCGGAGUCCUGCUCCCCGGUGGUCCGGGAUUGGUCGACCCGUGUGAGAAGAACCCCACUGACACCCUGACAACCAUGGAGGAGCAGCACCGAGAGGACAUCACCUCAAGUGCCCAGUUUGCUCUGCGGCUGCUCGCCUUCCGUCAGAUCCACAAGGUGCUGGGCAUGGACCCACUGCCCCAGAUGAACCCUCGCUUCAACGUCCACAACAACCGCAAGCGCCGCCGCGACAUCGACGGAGCGGACGGCUUCGAGGGCGAAGGGAAGAAGGACAAGAAAGAUUUCGACAGUAGUUACUAGGACCUGUCCCACCAGUCCACCCCUUAUUCAUUUAAUCUAGUCUGUGGUCACGUUCCAGACAGACGACGUUGCAGUCGCCUGCCAGAUCUCACAACAACUGGAGUUUUAAAAAUGUGAGUUAACCGCAUCGUAUGAUACAGCAAUGUUCCAUAUACGUGACACGCUGCCAUUGGUUGAUUCCCGUAGAAAGACUGCAAUGUCGUCGGCCUGAAACGCCUAUAUGUACCUUUUUUACUCUGUUGUCUCUGAUAUUAACCAAGGGGUUUGUUUAGAAUCUACAGACCACAUCGGAUAGGGCCUGGUCCUGUCAGCCAUAUAGACUAGCGAUGCGUUCAUUAGGGCACACGUUUUUUUAAAUGUUUUGCAACGGGGAAGAAAAAAAAGAAAUGAGUUCCAAUUCGGACAAUUUUCAAACAAAUGUGAGUCUGUUUUCUUCCGUUUGUUGCCUAAUAAAUAAGACCCGAUUUUGUCCUGCAGCUCACUGUAUAGGCUUACUGCAGCACCCAGUUUGUCCACGAUGUUUCUGUUUUGGCUAGCGAUUGACACGACCUGUGGUUGGGACCUAAACUUCUCCUUCCAAGCUGAUACUAUUUGUACCCUCUGCUUCUCCAUGACAACGGGGCCUCCUCAGCAUCUUCUCCUUUUUUGAACCCCCCCACCCCCCUCUUAUUUUCGGGACCGACUUCCCAGGUUGAAGUUAUGAAAAAGACGCAUCUAAUUGUUAAUAAAUCCAGAGGAUCAUGAUACAUGUUACUACCGAACAUGUAUGUUAUUUCUAGUUGCAUACAGUCAGUGUUGGUUGUUAGUGAGAGAGUUUAAUACCUCGUUGUGAAGCCCAUAAUUUAAUCUUUAAUCUUAACCAGUCUUUAAUCAUAAUUUAAUUAAUUUAAUCAGUCGCCAGUAAUGUUUUAUUUACCUCAUAAGCUGUAAUUUUGAAUUAUGGUUUAUUUUUUUAUUUUUUAAGUGGCAUAAUGCAUAAAGUGGUGUAAAAUCUAUCGUCUUGUCCUCAAUAAGGCCAGACUGCAAUGUGUUCUAAUGUUUAACACAGGCCCCUGUUAUUAUACUACAUUAUCUGAAGAAAAGACUGAUUUCUUAUUCGUUGUUUAGUAAUGCAGUUAUUCUCUAACAUACGAAAAUAUACCUUUAAUAAUCUCGCAAUGGAUCAAAAAAAAAGUGUUUGGUUUGUUGAAGAGUCCGCAUGGCUGUGUUUUCAGAUUUUGUUAUUUUAUGGCUUUUAACAUGUUUUGGUUUUUACAGAUUAAUUAUACUGGGAAAUGUAAUGGCUUGCCCCUAAUCUUGGUUUAAUGUUGUAUACAUAUAGUUUAAUUUGAAUAAUCUAUAGAAAACGAAAAACAGUUGAGUAAAAAAAUGUUAAAAAAAUAACGUUGAUGUUGUAAUUGAGGUUUAAAUGUAGAGCCACUCUUUGAUGCCUGACUGUCAGCCUCUGUCUCAGUACCUGCUACCAGGGCAGAAUAAAGACAUUUCCUCAA